AUGAGGAAGCUGCGGCGGCAUGACAGGCCGCUUUUCUCAUUUUGGGGGAUGAUAUCUUUGCCGACCUUCUCACAUCAUCUGAUCCUUCCGCAGCAGCAAAGAGCCUUCGGCAGAGGAACAGAGACGUACUCUGCAUCCUCCUCCGGCAACAUCGUAGAAGGAUCUACCAUAGUGGUGGUUGAACAUGAUAAUGAUGUCGAUCCUCUGAAGCAAAACGCAGAAGCUAACACCACAUCAUAUCAAAGUAAGCGGAAAAGUCACCAGCAGCAGACCGGCAGCAAAAGAGAAUUUGCUGGAGACGUGGAGGGGACGACAGUCGACGAGGGCUCGGUCGCUGGUGCUAAAAAGAACGCUAGCGCUGUGAUAGAUCAAGCGAUCAAACGAUUUGAGAUCCCGCAAGAUCUAGAGAAGGAUUAUAGAAUGGCAACCGUAUCGAAGAGGACUCCUGAUAGGAUCUUAGCUUGGGAACUUGGAGUGAGAAUUGAAAAAAAUAUGAUGCGAACGUUGGCAAGUAGUAUUGCCUGGCAAGCUAAGUGGAAUACGAGAGCUUCCGGGUUAUCAGAGGUCCUUUAUUCAUGGGUCAUAGAUGUUCUCGCAGAGUUCGGCCUUUUGCCCUCGGAUAUUGCUGGGUCUACAUCUGACGGAGGAGGAGAUAUAAGGCGCUUGCUAUCAAAGCUCUUAACGGCAGCUUUUUGGGAGUGGUGUGUGCCUCAUCUGUCAAACUGCGCUCUGCAAGAAUCAUACGGGGCAAAUUUGGAUCCAAGCAAGAUUGGGAAUAUAGAGUGCCGAGAGACUCUACAGACGAUGCGUAGUGUCAUCGAGCACUUGAACAAGUCGCCACAGGGGAAACAGCCUGUCAUCAGUCAUGCCCCUCAUCGUUUCUUAAGCCUCACCAAAGUUAAUGAGCGCUUCUUAGAGCUUUGGGAUCCGAUAGACAAGUACUACAAUGAAAGGUCAAAGCUCUCCAACCCGAUGUUGUCCUUGAAGGAGGAGUUAAGGCAACUCUAUUCCCUCAUUGUCCCGGUGGGAGCGCUGAUGCAAGAAACUCAAGGGUGCAGCAAGCCCAGUGGUGCCCUCGCUCUAGUUGGUCUUGCUGAUCCCCAGCUGAACACUAUGUCAGCCGCAGCUCUUUUGCAAGUCAUCCGACCUUCAUGA